AAUUUACCAAUGACAAACACAUUCCAGCCUAAUCAACAGUAUAUGGCUAAUUUAAACUUUAAUAACAGUAACAAUGACUUAAAUGGUCAUGAGGAUCAGGAUUAUCGUCUCCGCGGAAACAUAGAAAUAAAUCACGACGUCAGUCAUCAUGGUAUGUCGGAGUCACGUCUGUUUAAAUUAGCUGGAUACAGUCCAACAACAAUACCAGACAGCUGGAAUUCUAGAAAUAAGGAAGUUGUAAAUUUAGAUAGGAGUGGAGAGUUUGGUAAUUUAGCAGACGACACUACAGGAAUUGUAACGAAAGGCGCCCCCUGGCGGUACCAGAGGUUGUUACUGAAGAAGAAGAUGAUGGGGAAGAAGAAGAAGCCAUGCUUAGAGCACAUUUGUUACAGUCUAUGAUGAAAAAAAUGAAAGAGAAACAAAAACUGCUUGAGGAUGCCAGUAGAAGUGAUAGUUCUCUAUCAAGAAGCCAGUCUCCUAGCUCAGUUACAGUAGUUAGACCAGCUAAACCAAUCCCACAGAAACAAGCUUACAGUAGAAUUCAUAUGGCAAAUCUGCCGAUUCAUAAGCCAGUGAUUAUCAACCUUGGAGAGGACUCUUCAGAUGAGGAGGAAGAAAAGUUACAAACAGCGCCAUCUGGUGUACAAAAACUACUGGGUGGACUUGAUUCAUUCCUAAAGGAGGCUAGACGCUCAACAGAGACAACUGGAGGUCAGUCACCAAAGAAAGUUGACACAGAGAAAGUAUUAGAGAUGAAGAGGAGACAGGCGUUGAUGUCUAGAGUCAGACAGGAGGAAAUUAAUCUUCUCAAACAAAGUGAAAGUAUUACAAAAGACCAAACUUUAUUGAAGACUCUAGUGAACCAGGCAUCUAAGUAUCUACAGAAUGUAAAGAUAUCUGAAGCAAAGGUUAAACAGUUAACGGAACAAUUAGCAGCUGCCGAGAAAGUUGCCACUGCAAAUAAAGACAAUCUGGAGAAAGCCAAAAAACAGGCAAGGUUGGUUAAAGACCGACUGUUAAAGAAGAAGACUGAGUACGAGACUCUACAGAAGGGUUUGAUAGAAGCUGGGCGUGAGUUACACGGUGCAGAAUAUAAGAUUGGUGCUCCUCAGUCUGUUCGAAAACGUGUCGUACAAUCUACAAAUCUACCUCUAGUCAAUUCACAAUUAGAGAACAGACCCAUAGUGUCUAAACCUGCUGGCAAGCAUACAAUGAAAGAGAAUAUGACUGUUACUAUAAAUAACCCAUCUAUCGGACAAAGUACCAAUGUUCUUGACAAUGACCGUGUGCCAAACUCUGAGAAUAAAGGAAACAUGAUUGUCACCCCGGUCACAGAAGCUGUGAAACAGUCUAGAAACAUGAACUCUAUUCAUACACAGAAACAGUCUUUACUUGAGAUGAAGGCUUUACUGGAGAAACAAAAGAAAAUCGAGUUAGAACAGCAACGGAAGAAAAGAGAACAGAUACUGAAAGCAAAAGAAGAGAAAAGAUUAAAGAUAAUGAAACUAAGAAACGAAAUCAAACUCGGGGAGAUGAAGUUAAAACAUGCUGAGAUUGAUAAACAAAAGGCUGAGAGGCUUAAGAAUGAACAGAAAGAUUUAGCAAUGAGUAAAAGCGUGCUGAAGAUGGAGAAGAUUGAGUUAGGAUCGGAUCCGAUCGACUUGACCGAUGAAGAAAAAUGAA